UUUGUUUGACCUUUUUUUUUUUUCUCUUUUUCAUUUCUUCUUCAAUUUUUCUGAGUUUUUUAGAGAAAAGUUUUCUAUUAAUUUAUUUUUAUUGUGGAUGUAAUUUACAAGUUUAAUUUCCCUAGCGUGUCUUUACCUUUUGCCUUGUCUCCGUCUCGAGACAAAAAGAGAAAGACAAACACUUUAUGUCUUUCUUUUUUUCCUCUCUCUCUCUUGCUCCGACCAUUUUCAAAAUUUGUAGCUAAUUAUGGCCUUAGAGGCUAUUGUUUACCCACAAGAUCCAUUCUCCUACAACUCUUACAAAGAUCUUCAGUCUCACGACUUAUAUUUUCAACAAGAAGAAGAUCGAGAUCCCCUAGAAACCAAGAACAACAUUAAGCUAGGGCAAGAACAAAGACAAGGGUUUGCGAGUAUUAGUUAUAACGGUAAAAGCGGAGAUAACAAUGAUGAUUAUAACUACAACGAUCAGGAGGAUCUUCAAUGGCCACGAGACGACCUUCCUUAUGGAUCUAUCGUCGACACCGAGAACCAGCCUCCACCGUUGGUUUUAGCGAUGGGAGAAGGGAGGAGAAAGAGGAGGAGGACGAAGAGUAGCAAGAACAAGGAAGAGAUCGAGAACCAGAGGAUGACUCACAUCGCCGUCGAGAGAAACCGUCGGAAACAAAUGAAUGAGUACCUCGCCGUUCUCCGUUCUCUCAUGCCACCUUCUUAUGCUCAAAGGGGAGAUCAAGCGUCGGUAGUAGGCGGAGCCAUUAACUACUUAAAGGAGCUUGAGCAUCAUUUACAAUCAAUGGAACCUCCGGUAAACACCCCUGCCAUAGGAGAAGCCGGAGGCGGCCCCGGCGACCAUAAAACCGUUGCUGCCAGCUCAUCUGGACCAUUCUUAGAUUUCUUCGCUUUUCCACAAUACUCGAGAAGGCCUUCCUCGUCGUUGGUGGCUGAAGGAACGGCGGAGAUAGAGGUGACGAUGGUGGAGAGCCAUGCAAGUGUGAAGAUACUUGCGAAGAAGAGACCAAAACAGCUUCUUAAACUCGUGGCGUCGAUACAGAGCUUAAGGCUUACUGUUCUUCAUCUCAAUGUUACAACUCGUGACGACUCCGUCCUCUAUUCCAUCAGUCUAAAGGUUGAAGAAGGGAGCCAAUUGAAUACAGUGGAAGAUAUUGCAGCAGCUGUGAAUCAAAUCCUAAGGAGGAUCGAAGAAGACUCAUCCUUUAGCUAAUAUAGUUGAAUUUUAGUAUGCCACAUUUAGAGGAACUCUAAGUUUUCAUGUGUUAUUUUUUACUCUUUACAUAUUAAAAUAAAAUAAAAAUAAGUAACUUUUCAUUGGUCUUUCUGUAUUUACUGCUUCACUUUUUCUUGUAUGAUGAUGCUUCAUUUGUCCUUUC